CUCGCAGCUUCACAGAUUAACAACACAUAUGAUUGGUUUAAAAUCCGCAUGCCCACCACUCUAAAAACUGACAGGGGUCAUUGUGAUUUGUGGAGUUGUUGAAGCGCGCUAUACAUCUGAGCGCCUCACGGGACAAUCCUCUAGAUUAGCGGUUGACGCAGAGGAUGGAUUUCGUAGAUGGCAACCCGAUACUGUACCGUACUGGUCGGUAUACAGGCACGGAAUGAUCUAGAAUGGACGAAUGAAAUGCUUUAAAUGUAACGUAUUUCGAUACUCUUCCUAUUAUCAAAUGAGUCCGUCGUCAUAGGGAUAGAAUGUGUUUCGUCCUAAUCGUUAAAUAGGCUCGAUGAGCUAUGACGGGAGAGCUAAAUAUGGACCAAUCCUGUUUCGAUUCCAAAAUGAAGAGACCCAACGGAAUGGUGGCAGAUUUGGUGCGUUUACAACGCGGUCUUGUGGGACGUUUGUGAUGGAGCCGUUUAACUUUCUCACUGAAACAAGCAGAUGUAAGAAUGCGUAACGGCACUUUAGUGGUUGGAAAUAACAUCUAAACCUUUUGGCUAAAAUGAAUGUAUUGGGUUCUGCUUGCUCACUAACAUCAGAUAACAAUCUCAGGUAUACAAGCGUAGACUACAUUUAGCUGGCAUGCCAAGUAUGUGAAUAGGAGGAACUUUAAAAUAUCUAUCCCGCCAUUGUGCCCUUGGGUAGGGCACUUAACCUAUAACCUGCUCCAGGGCCGCUGUUCUGCCACUGACCGACCGGUGCCUCUCUCAACGUGUGUGUUUCUUCACCUAGGAGGGUUUGGAAAGGCAGAAGACAACUUUACUUUUGAAGUUUCACCCAACAAUGGACUACACGAUUAUAUUCUACUCUGUUCUGUUGUCGUAGAACACCGCAGUUCAAAAUGAACGUGUUGAAAAUGAGGAAAGCCGUAUUAAAAGAAGCGGUUAAACGCUUUCCAUGGCUUGCCAACGUUACUCUGUAUGGCUGCCUGUUUGCCGGCGGCGACUUUGUUCAUCAGAUGAUCGCACAAAGAGAAGAGAUGGACUGGAAACACACCAGAAAUGUUGCCAUAGUGGCCAUCAGCUUCCAUGGAAACUUUAAUUAUUUCUGGUUGCGGGCUUUGGAAAGCCGUUUCCCGGGAAAAUCUCCCGGAAUGCUCUUCCGCAAACUGCUCCUGGACCAAAGUUUUGCAUCACCCUUGGCAACGAGUGUCUUCUACACAGGAGUGAGUUUCUUGGAGAAUAAAGACGACGUCUUCGAGGACUGGAGAGAAAAGUUCCUCAACACGUAUAAGACUGGACUCAUGUACUGGCCUUUCAUGCAGUUCCUAAACUUCAUCCUGAUGCCUCUGUACCUGAGGACAGUCUUCAUGGGCUGCUGUGCGUUCCUGUGGGCCACCUUCCUGUGCUUCUCCCGGCAGAGCGGGGACGGUACGGCCAGCGUGGCUCUCGCCUUCGUCCUGUAUCCCAAGCAGAGGCUGCAGGCCGCCCGGGAGGCCCACCUCGCCCGCAACAAACAGAAAGAAGAGGAGGAACAGCAGCAGAGCACUGGCAACUAAAUCAAUUGGUUCCAUGCGAUUCGAUUCAAUUCAGGAAACAGAAAACAGAAGAGGACCUGAGCACUGAGAACUGAACUGAAUUGGUUCAAUGAGAUUCGAUUCAAUUCAGGAAACAGAAAACAGAAGAGGACCUGAGCACUGAGAACUGAACUGAAUUGGUUCAAUGAGAUUCGAUUCAAUUCAGGAAACAGAAAACAGAAGAGGACCUGAGAACUGAACUGAAUUGGUUCAAUGAGAUUCGAUUCAAUUCAGGAAACAGAAAACAGAAGAGGACCUGAGCACUGAGAACUGAACUGAAUUGGUUCAAUGAGAUUCGAUUCAAUUCAGGAAACAGAAAACAGAAGAGGACCUGAGCACUGAGAACUGAACUGCUAAAAAUGUUAUUUCAAUUGAAUUUCAACAAAACGUUGUUAUAUCUCCCUGUCGUCAAGGGCAACAAGGCAAGGAACGAGGGCUUGGUUAGAGGGUGAGAACACAACGUCAUCAUGUGAGGCCAGGGCAGGCUCUCACACCUUACAAAAAACACAUAGUGAGAACUGAAUCAGUUGGAUUGAACGUACCUUUAUUGAUAUCCUCAGGGGCAAGGAGGAGUGAAUAUAACUUUAUUGAUAUCCUCGGGGCAAGGAGGAGUGAAUAUAACUUUAUUGAUAUCCUCAGGGGCAAGGAGGAGUGAAUAUAACUUUAUUGAUAUCCUCGGGGGCAAGGAGGAGUGAAUAUAACUUUAUUGAUAUCCUCGGGGGCAAGGAGGAGUGAAUAUAACUUUAUUGAUAUCCUCAGGGGCAAGGAGGAGGCAUCGUUGGAGCACAGUUAUAUAAUUUAAGCCUACUGUACAUAUACAAAUACAUCCAUCUAUUGCAAUGCCAGCAACACUUACAGUGGGCCUAAUGCCUCCACCUAAUACUAUACCAGCAACACGUACAGUGGGCCUAAUGCCUCCACCUAAUACUAUACCAGAAACACGUACAGUGGGGCUAAUACCUCCACCUAAUACUAUACCAGCAACACGUACAGUGGGGCUAAUACCUCCACCUAAUACUAUACCAGAAACACGUACAGUGGGGCUAAUACCUCCACCUAAUACUAUACCAGAAACACGUACAGUGGGCCUAAUGCCUCCACCUAAUACUAUACCAGAAACACGUACAGUGGGGCUAAUACCUCCACCUAAUACUAUACCAGAAACACGUACAGUGGGGCUAAUACCUCCACCUAAUACUAUACCAGAAACACGUACAGUGGGCCUAAUGCCUCCACCUAAUACUAUACCAGCAACACGUACAGUGGGCUAAUACCUCCACCUAAUACUAUACCAGAAACACGUACCGUGGGGCUAAUGCAUCCACCUAAUACUAUACCAGAAACACGUACAGUGGGGCUAAUACCUCCACCUAAUACUAUACCAGAAACACGUACAGUGGGCCUAAUGCCUCCACCUAAUACUAUACCAGAAACACGUACAGUGGGGCUAAUACCUCCACCUAAUACUAUACCAGAAACACGUACAGUGGGGCUAAUACCUCCACCUAAUACUAUACCAGAAACACGUACAGUGGGCCUAAUGCCUCCACCUAAUACUAUACCAGCAACACGUACAGUGGGCUAAUACCUCCACCUAAUACUAUACCAGAAACACGUACCGUGGGGCUAAUGCAUCCACCUAAUACUAUACCAGAAACACGUACAGUGGGGCUAAUACCUCCACCUAAUACUAUACCAGCAACACGUACAGUGGGGCUAAUGCCUCCACCUAAUACUAUACCAGAAACACGUACAGUGGGGCUAAUGCAUCCACCUAAUACUAUACCAGAACCACGUACAGUGGGGCUAAUACCUCCACCUAAUACUAUACCAGAAACAAGUACAGUGGGGCUAAUACCUCCACCUAAUACUAUACCAGAAACACGUACAGUGGGGCUAAUACCUCCACCUAAUACUAUACCAGCAACACGUACAGUGGGGCUAAUGCCUCCACCUAAUACUAUACCAGAAACACGUACAGUGGGCCUACAUUACAGACGUUACAUCACUGAUUCAAUUCAAUACAACUUUAUCAAUCCCGUCAAGGGCAACCCAGAAAACACAGUCGGACACGGAACACAUUACUUACAGAGAGAAGGUGUCAGAUGUUGUGAUUUGCAGGGAUGUUCCUCACGGAGAGGAGGUGUCAGAUGUUGUGAUUACAGGGAUGUUCCUCGGGGAGAGAAGGUGUCAGAUGUUGUGAUUUGCAGGGAUGUUCCUCGGGGAGAGGAGGUGUUAGAUGUUGUGAUUUGCAGGGAUGUUCCUCGGGGAGAGGAGGUGUUAGAUGUUGUGAUUUGCAGGGAUGUUCCUCGGGGAGAGGAGGUGUUAGAUGUUGUGAUUUGCAGGGAUGUUCCUCGGGGAGAGGAGGUGUUAGAUGUUGUGAUUUGCAGGGAUGUUCAUCAGGGAGGAGGUGUUAGAUGUUGUGAUUUGCAGGGAUGUUCCUCGGGGAGAGGAGGUGUUAGAUGUUGUGAUUUGCAGGGAUGUUCAUCAGGGAGGAGGUGUUAGAUGUUGUGAUUUGCAGGGGUAUUUCUCAGGGAGAGGAGGUGUUAGAUGUUGUGAUUUGCAGGGGUGUUCCUCGGGGAGAGGUGUUAGAUGUUGUGAUUUGUAGAGAGGUUCUUCAGGGUGUGUAUUUGAUGUUCAUGUAUAUGUAAAAUGUGUUUAUUCUAUGCUCUCAAUUUCUAUGUCCCAUCGGUUGUGCCUUCUGUUGGUAUCAAGAGCCCUUCAUGUUCUGCUCUAGAUUGAGUUAGUUCUUACUCUGAGAAACUGUGUGUUUUUGUGUUGUUGUUUUUUUUUGUGUGUGUGUGUGUGUAUAUAUUUAUACAUUACCAGUCAAAAGUUUAGACACACCUAUUCAUUCAAGGGUUUUUCUUUAUUUUUACUAUUUUCUAUAUUGUAGAAUAAUAAUGAAGACGUCAAAACUAUGAAGUAACACAUAUGGAAUCAUGUUGUAUCCAAAAAAAAUGUUAAAGAAAUCUAAAUAUAUUUUAUAUUUUUGAUUCUUCAAAGUAGCCACCCUUUGCCUUGAUGACAGCUUUGCACACUCUUGACAUUCUCUCAACCAGCUUCACCUGGAAUGCUUUUCCAACUGUCUUGAAGGAGUUCCCACAUUUGCUGAGCACUUGUUGGCUUUCCUUCACUCUGCUGUCCAACUCAUCCCAAACCACCUCAUUUGGGUUGAGAUUGGAUGAUUGUGGAGGCCAGGUCAUCUGAUGCGCCCUCCAUCACUCUCCUUCUUGGUCAAAUAGCCCUUACACAGCCUGGAGGUGUGUUGGGUCAUUGUCCUGUUGAAAAACAAAUGAUAGUCCCACUAAGCACAAACCAGAUGGGAUGGCGUAUCGCUGCAGAAUGCUGUGGUAGCCAUGCUGGUUAAGUGUGCCUUUAAUUAAAUCACUGUCAUUUCUCUUUGCUUAUUUGAGCUGUUCUUGCCAUAAUAUGGACUUGGUCUUUUACCAAAAAGGGCUAUCUUCUGUAUACCACCCCUACCUUGUCACAACACAACUGAUUGGCUCAAACGCAUUAAGAAGGAAAGAAAUUCCACAAAUUAACUUUUAACAAGGCACACCUGUUAAUUUCAAAUGCAUUCCAGGUGACUAACUCAUGAAGCUGGUUGAGAGAAUGCCAAGUGUGUUCAAAGCUGUCAUUUGUUUAACACAACAUUGGUUACUACAUGAUUCCAUAUGUGUUAUUUCAUAGUUUUUGUCUUCACUAUUAUUCUACAAUGUAAAAAAAAAUAUUAAAAAUUAAAUUAAAUCCGUAGAAUGAGUAGGUGUGUCCCAACUGUUGACUGGUACUGUGCUGUAUAACUCAUCUCCAGAUUGACCAUCGAAGGAUAAAGUGCUACCCUGUCCUGUUA